AGUAUGGGGAGAACUGAGCAAUAUUUAAAGUCAAUGCCUUAUAAAAGGAUGCUCCCAUGAUUGCAAUUUUACUUCGUUCCGCUAAUCUUCAAUAUCUAACAAUCAUGGUUCUCCAACUCUUGUUGCUUCUGUCUCUGCCCCUAAUCUUCUUGAUUCUAAUUAGCAAGAAUUCCAAAACCCAAUCUUCUUCACUUCCAAAUUCUUAUCCUCUCAUUGGUUCCUUCUUCUCCAUGUUAAGAAACAAAGAGCGUCGGAUUCAAUGGACCUCCGACAUUCUCCAAGAGUCAACCUCCGCCACGUUUGUUCUACAACGUCCACUGGGCCAACGCCAGAUCUUGACGGCCAACCCAGAAAAUGUCCAACACAUGCUGAAAAGCCACUUCCAUAACUACCAGAAAGGUGACGUUUUCCGACGAACCUUCUUCGACUUCCUCGGUGAGGGCAUCUUCAACGCCGAUGGCCAGACAUGGAAGUUCCAGCGGCAAGUUUCCAGCCACGAGUUCAACACCAGGUCUUUAAGGAAAUUCAUUGAACACGUGGUCGAUACUGAGUUAUCGGAUAGACUUAUCCCCAUACUCUCCACCGCGGCUGCUGAAAAUACCGUGCUGGAUCUCCAGGAUAUUCUCGAAAGGUUCGCGUUUGACAAUAUCUGCAGAAUCGGAUUCGGAUACGACCCGGAAUUCUUGUUACCGUCUCUGCCACCAGCAGAGUUUGCACAAGCUUUUCAAUUUUGUGUCAAAAUAAGCAGCGAAAGAUUCAACUCCAUUCUCCCUAUAAUCUGGAAAAUCAAACGACUAUUCAAUAUCGGAUCGGAAAAGAAGCUCAGAGUCACAAUCUCACAAGUACGCGAAUUCGCCAAGAACAUAAUCAAGGAAAAGAAAGAAGAGCUCGACAAGAACAAAUCGUUAGAAUCCGUAGAUCUUCUAUCGAGAUUCUUGAGUUCAGGCCAUUCUGAUGAGAAUUUUGUGACUGACAUCAUCAUAAGCUUCAUACUCGCAGGUCGGGACACCACAUCCGCGGCAUUAACAUGGUUUUUCUGGUUACUCUCCGGCAACCAAGAAGCAGAGAAGGAGAUCCUGAAAGAAAUAACCGAAAAAACAGAGGUUACGACGGCGUACGAUGAAGUGAAGGACAUGGUGUAUACGCACGCGGCGUUGUGCGAGAGUAUGCGAUUGUACCCUCCGGUGCCUGUGGACAGCAAAAUGGCCGCGAACGACGACGUUUUGCCUGACGGGACUUUCGUGAAGAAGGGGACGAGAGUGACUUAUCAUCCGUACGCAAUGGGGAGGCUGCAGGAGCUUUGGGGAUCUGAUUCGGCGUCGUUUAAGCCAGAGAGGUGGCUCGAGAGAGACGCGGAAACGAAGAAAUGGAGCUUUGUGGGGAGAGAUCCGUACACGUAUCCGGUUUUUCAGGCGGGGCCCAGGAUUUGUUUGGGGAAGGAAAUGGCGUUCUUGCAGAUGAAGCGGGUUGCGGCUGGCGUUUUACGGGCGUUUAAGGUGGUUCCAGCGGCGGAGGAUGGUGUUGAGCCGGUGUUUAUUUCGUACAUGACCGGCAAGAUGAAAGGUGGGUUUCCGGUGAGGAUUGAAGAGAGGAGAGAAAUUAAUUGAAUUUUACUUAAACUGUACACGUGGUGUUUGCUUAAUCAGAUUCCACAUUACUUGGUUGUUGUUGACGUGUCAUAAUUAAAACCAUAAUUUAGUUUUGUUUGUUUGGUUUUCGUGAUGACAUGCUGGUUUAACACUUAUGAUGGAGAUCCGAACAAUUAGUAUUGCAGCUAUUCCAUUUGCUAUUGAA